ACAAAAUCGCAAGGGUGCAGGCACAGCUCUGGGAGAAGCUGAACACCAGGCUGUGGUGAGUGCCUCUCCAUCUCUCCUCAGCAUCCUUGACCUGCUGCCUCCUCACGACAGUCCGCCCACAUUUUCAGCCUUCGGUCUAGUCCUGACUUUGUCAAAAGGCUCGGUGCCGCGGAGACCACGUGGCGGGUGCGCGGUCUGGAGAAAGCUGUUCGCAGAGAUUUUCAUAGGAGCCCCUGGCUUGCUAAAUACACGUGCUAACACACAGCCUCUUUGCUUCUGUGGAGCAUUUUGGUUCUUGCUCUCAGACUUGGGUAGACGCAGGUGACUGAGAGGAUAGGAGACCGGGGAAACCAAGUAUUUGGACGACCUGAGGCCAGUCUGAGCUGGACCAGAGUGGACGGAAGACAUCUUCAGCUGUCUUAACUUGAACGUUUGAGUUAUACUGAUGUGGCCAAAACUCCCUCAAGUAUACCUCCAGGAUUCUUUUCGGAGCAGAUUCAUUAGGAUGAGCAUGCCGGCUCCACCCAGACUCCUGGACCUGGCAGGUCAGAGCCUGCUGAGGGACCAGGCCUUGGCCAUCGCCGCUCUGGAGAUGCUGCCCAUGGAGCUCUUCCCACCGCUGUUCAUGGCGGCCUUCGCUGGGAGGCACAGCGAGACCCUGAAGGCGAUGGUGCAGGCCUGGCCCUUCGUCUGCCUCCCUCUGGGGGCCCUGAUGAAGGAGCAGCAGCCUCACCAGGAGACCUUCCAAGCUGCGCUGGAUGGACUUGAUGUCCUGCUUUCCCAGGAGGUUCGCCCCAGGAGGUGGAAACUGCAGGUGCUAGAUUUACGGAAGAAUGCUCAUCAGGACUUCUGGACCGUGUGGUCUGGGACCAGGGCCAGUAUAUACUCCCUGUUGGAGCCAGAGGUGGCCCCACCCAUGAGGAAGAGGCGAAAAGUGGAGGGUUGCAAGCCAGGGCCCAAGCCACCCUUGGCUCCUGUGGAGGUGCUGAUAGACCUUUGCCUCAAGGAAGGUACCCUUGACGAGUCCCUCGCCUACCUCAUCCAGAAAGUCCAGCAGAGGAAGGGUCUGCUGCACCUGUGCUGUAAGAAGCUGAAGAUUUUCGCAGUGUCCAUGCAGAACAUCAUGAAGAUCCUGAAAAUCAUACAGCUGGACUCUAUCCAGGAUUUGGAAGUGAAUUGCACCUGGAAACUGUCCAUCCUGGGGAAGUUUGCUCCUCACCUGGGUCAGAUGGGCAAUCUGCGCAGGCUCCUCCUCUCGCACAUCCACAUGUCUUCCCACAGCACCCCGGUGAAGGAGGAGCAGUGCGUCAGCCAGUUCACUGCUCAGUUCCUCAGGCUGCACCACCUUGAGGAGCUCUAUUUGGACUCGAUCUCCUUCCUCAAAGACCGCCUGGACCAGGUGCUCAGGUGCCUGAAGACCCCCUUGGAGACCCUGUCAAUAACUAAUUGCCUGCUUUCGGAAUCUGACUUGACACAUCUGUCCCAGCACCUGAACGUCAGUCAGCUGAAGGACCUGGGUCUCAGCGGGGUCAACCUGACCAAUAUGAGUCCUGGGCCUCUCCGAGUUCUGAUAGAGAGAGCCUCCGCCACCCUCCAGGACCUGGACUUGGAUGAGUGUGGGAUCAUGGACUCCCAGUUCACUGUCAUCCUGCCUGCCCUGGGCCGCUGCUCCCAGCUCACAACCUUCAGCUUCUGUGGAAACCCCAUCUCCAUGGCCGUGCUGGAGAACCUGCUGCGCCACACCAUUGGGCUGAGCAAGCUGAGUCACGUGCUGUAUCCGGCCCCCCUGGAGAGUUACGAGGAUGUCCAUGGCACCCUCCACCUGGGCAGACUUGCCCAUCUGCACGCCAGGCUGAAGCAGAUGCUGCAGGAGUUGGGGCGGCCAGGCAUGGUCUGGUUCAGUGCCAACCCCUGCCCUCACUGCGGCGACAGGACCUUCUAUGACCCAGAGCCCAUUCUGUGCCCCUGUUACAUGCCUGCCUAGCUGGAGACACAUACUGGACACUGAAGCCCAGGUGUAAGUGUAUCUUAAAGGAGCACAGAAACCACAGUUUGAGAAAAUCUGCCCAAUGUGAGCAGGAAAAGGAAAGGUGAUUGUUGGGAGGAGAGGAUGUUGACCUGGGAGUUAAUAGGAUCUCUGGGGAGAUGCAUCUUAGAGCGUUAGAAAUAUGAAUCUGAAUUUCUAGAGGGAGAUUUGGGUUUGGGCGGUAGAUGUGGGCGUUAUCCCUGCAUGGAUGGUUGUAAAGACAUGGUCAGAAAUAAAGAGAACCUCAGUGUCAACCA